GAGUCCUGAUCUCUAUUGUUUAUUAUAUUUUAUUACUUGAUAUUCAAAUAUUUAUUGUUUACACACAAUUUCACUGUUUCACUUUAACGCUCCUAUUAUUUACUGUGAUAUAUUACCUAUUCUUAUUUCUUGAAUAUUUUAAAUUAAUUAUUAAUUAUUACCAUCGUAUUACCAGUAUUAUUAUAAUGUAUACUAAUACUGGUUGCGAUUGAUUUUGUAUGUUACAUUCUGUGGUUUUCGUUACUAUUUUUAUUUUUUACAGCUAUUCUAAUAUCUUGCUUGUGAAUUUAUUUUUCAAUAAUUUUGUAUUUUGAUAAAUUACCCACUCUUCUGAACACAAGUGUCACACUUCGGGUGCUAUCUACAUAGACGUAGCUCGUUCACUGUUAUAACAUUGCAAUAUCGCACUAGACACCUACUAUGGCUACCAAAAACAGAUCUCGAAUUACACUGAAGGAAAACAGAAUUCCAAUAGGAAAGAAAAAAGAAAAUAUAGAAAAAAAUGUAGAACUCAAAAGAAAUGAUAAGUUGGUUGUUGAUCAUGUCAUUUCAAAAACAAAAACAUUGAAGACAUCCAAAAUAUCUAAGAAAACAAAUAAAACAAAUGAAUGUAAACCUCUGAAGAUUAUUAACGUCAAUGUUGAACCUACUGAUACAUCGUUAACAAUUCCAAUUAAAAAACCAAGAGUCAAUCUAAGUACAAUUAAAGAAUUGAAAGAAAUUGAAGAAAAAUCCAAUAAUAAAACCAUGUUGAAUAAAAUAAAAAUUGUAAAGGAUAAUAGUCCAACAUUGAUUGAAAAAGAAAAAAAUAAUUUACAAGAAGAUAUUGAUGUAGAAAAUUUGAAUAACACAAUUGAUGAAAUGAAACCGGUAGUCCCUGAAAUUGUGCUGAGUCCUUUUGUUUGUACAACACGUGGCCAAAAGUGGAAACCAAGUCCUCGCAAACCUCCAAAGUUAUCUGAGCUCUAUGAUAAAUACGAAGAUAACACUGUUGCUGAUAAUUAUAGGAAAUGCUUGGACAAAAAAACUGUUGAACUACAAAAUAAAGUUAAAUAUUGGGCAGAAUUAUCUGCUGGAAAUUGCAAUGAUAUUCCUCAAUCUGUCAAAGAUGAAAUUGAUGUUGCAUGUGGACAAACAAAACUUUUGACAACUGAUAAAUUUAUGCAAAUGCGUACUCUAAUAAAUGAAUAUGAUAAUAAGUCUGGGCAAAUGCUCAUUACAACAAACGAUUUAGAUGGAUUUUGGGAUAUGCUGUUGUUACAAGUUGAAAAAUUAGAAGGCCAAUUUAGUCAACUUGCCAUAUUGGAAAAAAAUAACUGGGCUCCAUUAAACCCGAUUGCUAAAAAGGUAAUUAACAGACUGCCAGCAGUAUAUAAACGUCCAGUGGUAAAAUCAAAAUUUGCAGAUUUCAUUAAAACUCAAAAGUCAAAGGAACAAAAAACUAUACCUAACAGUGACAAUUCUAAUGAAAAAAAUGACUCCAAGUUCAAUGAAAUGAAAUUGUCUAAUAACACUUAUCUUACUUCUAGUACCCCAACUUCAAAUCAGAAAAAUACAAGUUUUACCCCAGUACUGUUGAAGACCAUAGAGUUAUCAUAUGUGGCUCGUAGGUCAGGUAUGACUCCAAUAAUACUAGGUACGCCACAUGUAUCUCCAUUAAAACCGGCAUUGAAAAAUCCAGAAAACGAGAAAGGGAAAAAGCGCAAAAACAUACAAUUUGAAUCUCCUAAAAAAAUUGUUAAUGGAUUUGUAACACCUGAAAACUCAUGCAAUGAUGAAAUAAAUCACAAAACCAUUAAAGGCAGAGUUGUCACUCCGCAUGCUUUAAAAACAUCUAAGUUAAACCAGAACAAGGUUAUCGGUUCUCAAAAUAAUAAUAUUAGUUCAUCAACCACUAACCAUACUAGCAAUAAAAUGAACUUAAAAGGAACUGCCAAAGCACAAACAGUAAAUAAAAUGUCUGUUGAUGUGCAGAAUGGCAAUUCAUCAGUAAGACGUUCUUCUAGACUGGCCAACAAACCUUCAAAAAAUUAUAAAUGUUAAUAUGUGUUAUAUGAUUUUUGUAUAAUUUUUUUUUAUUAGUUAACAAAAUGUUUAAAUUUAAAACAUCAUCAACAAGUAAACCACCUAGAUAUCAAAAUCCUCGACUAAGAUGAAAAUGAUUAACUUCUGUUGUAUUUUGUUCAAAUGUUUUAUUCUGAUUUUUUUUAUAAUUAUUCAUCAAACAUUUAUUUUUUUUAAACAAAUGUGUGAUCAUACAA